AUUAAAUUCUCGCUUUCUGUAAACCCUUGCUUUUUGUUCCCAUUCAAUCAGUCAGUUUUUUCCGAUGACGGCGGCUGCCAUCGGAGCUGCAAACACCGCCCUGGUGAAGGAUCCCAAGCUUCAGUUCAAAAGUUUUGAUGGAUUGAGGAACAAUUCCUGCUAUUCGUCUACUUAUUCGCUUCUAUUGGACAAACGCAUACACCCAAUUUCAUCGGUCUCUUCUUCUAAUUCUCCUGCCGUCAUCAGGGCUGUUUCUACGCCACUGAAGCCGGAAACUUCUAUUGAGACUAAGCGAAGCAAGGUUGAGAUAUUCAAGGAACAAAGCAACUUCAUACGGUAUCCUCUUAAUGAGGAGUUAUUGACUGAUGCACCUAAUAUAAAUGAGGCUGCCACCCAAUUGAUCAAGUUCCAUGGAAGCUAUCAACAAUAUAACAGAGAUGAGCGAGGUGCCAGGUCAUAUUCGUUUAUGCUUCGUACAAAGAACCCAUGUGGAAAGGUUUCCAACCAACUGUAUCUUGCAAUGGAUGAUCUUGCUGAUCAGUUUGGAAUUGGAACUCUACGGUUGACAACCAGACAGACAUUUCAGCUCCAUGGAGUCGUGAAGAAGGACCUUAAGACGGUGAUGAGCACCAUCAUCAAAAACAUGGGAUCGACACUUGGUGCAUGUGGUGAUCUCAAUAGAAAUGUUCUUGCUCCUGCUGCCCCUUUUGUGAGGGAAGAUUACCUUUUUGCACAGCAGACAGCAGACAACAUUGCUGCACUCUUAACUCCCCAGUCUGGAUUUUAUUAUGAUAUGUGGGUAGAUGGGGAGAAGUUCAUGACUGCAGAACCACCCGAAGUUGUCAAAGCUCGCAAUGAUAAUUCUCAUGGGACAAAUUUUCCAGAUUCAGCUGAGCCUAUAUAUGGAACUCAGUUCUUGCCAAGAAAGUUCAAAGUUGCAGUUACUGUGCCUACGGAUAACUCAGUUGAUCUUUUGACAAAUGACAUUGGUGUUGUGGUUGUUUCUGAUGAUAAUGGAGUACCUCAGGGUUUCAAUAUAUAUGUUGGUGGUGGCAUGGGAAGAACACAUAGGAUGGAAACCACUUUUCCCCGCCUGGCAGAGCCCUUGGGUUACGUCCCUAAAGAGGAUAUUUUGUAUGCAGUGAAGGCUAUUGUUGUUACACAACGAGAAAAUGGCAGAAGAGAUGAUCGCAGGUAUAGUAGAAUGAAGUACUUGAUAGAUUCGUGGGGGAUCGAAAAGUUUAGGUCUGUUGUUGAACAGUACUAUGGAAAGAAGUUUGAACCGUCCAGGGAGUUACCUGAGUGGGAAUUUAAAAGCCAUCUGGGAUGGCAUGAGCAGGGCGAUGGUCGUUUAUUUUGUGGGCUUCAUGUCGAUAAUGGUCGGGUUAAGGGAACUAUGAAGAAGACAUUACGGGAAAUAAUUGAGAAGUAUAACUUGAAUGUUCGGAUCACACCAAACCAAAACAUUGUCCUUUGUGAUAUUCGGCCCUCUUGGAAACGCCCCAUCACUGUAGCUCUAGCACAAGGUGGUCUAUUGCCCCCUACUUAUGUGGAUCCCCUUAACAUAACUGCAAUGGCAUGCCCUGCUCUGCCUCUCUGCCCUCUUGCAAUAACAGAAGCUGAGCGAGGGAUUCCUGACCUCCUUAGGCGGGUUCGAGGUGUAUUUGAGAAGGUUGGUCUCCAGUAUAAUGAAUCCAUAGUAGUGAGAGUUACGGGUUGCCCUAAUGGCUGUGCUCGACCCUACAUGGCUGAACUUGGAUUAGUUGGUGAUGGUCCUAAUAGCUAUCAGAUCUGGCUCGGGGGAACACCGGCUCAAACUACAUUAGCCAGAACUUUCAUGAACAAGGUUAAGAUUCAGGACCUUGAGAAAGUUUUCGAACCGUUGUUCUACAACUGGAGAUUGAAGAGGAAGUCUAAAGAAUCAUUUGGUGACUUCACAAAUCGCAUGGGAUUCGAGAAGCUUCAAGAGAUAGUCGACAAAUGGGAGGGCGUACCAAAAUCAUCAUCCCGAUACUACUUGAAACUUUUUACCGACAAGGAAACAUAUGAAACUGUGGAUGCACUUGCACAUAUCGAGAAUAAGACUGCUCAUCAGCUGGCAAUGGAGGUCAUCCGUAAUUUCGCUGCUUCACAGCAAAAUGGCAAAAGCAAGUAAGCAACUAUUGUUACGGAAACGACAGGAAUAAGAGUAUGUUUUCUAUUUAUACUCUAGCGUGUUUCAAUUUGGCUGUUGAUUCAUAUUUUCUUCCAAACUUGCUGUUUGUUUUGACCUUUUUUUUGGUUUUUCCCUUAGAGUAGGAUUUGAUCUUCCAAAUGAUGUUUACAGAACAAUGGAUUUUGUGUUGUUUAUGUAGGUGUUCCAUUUUUGAUAUGGUCUCAUAUUGCAUCUUCUUUGUUCUGUAUCAUAAGCUUCCAGAUAUCAAAACUGUGUUUGGUUUCUA